AUGAAGCUCUUACAUUUCGCAUCGGUCCUGGCUAGUGCCAGUCUUUUCACCAGGCCAGUCCUAGCUGUCGGAGCUGGAGACAUUUUCCGAACCAUUCCUUCCCCGACGGAUGGUAACUGUGCCGAGCAAAACGUAGAUUUGAUGGUUCAGGAGGCUAUCACACUCAACAACAAAGCUAUCAAAGCUCUCGAUACCCUCACACAAGACAAAUUACUUUCCAUUUUUGGAGAGGAGGGACGGCUCUCACAGAUAGCCGCGGCCAUAUGGGGUGUCUGGAGGAUGCCAGAUAUUGGCUUCACGGGAGCCGGGAUCCGGUUCAGUGACGACGACAAAGCCAUGUUGAAUAAGGCUAAAGAGUACUACGAAGAAGCCAACGCCAAGCUGCUUAGCGGAAACAACAACGAUGACGGAAAGUUGUCCUGUGGAACAGGGGAUUGGUUAUAUGCUGCCGAUUGGAAAGCUCUGGGCUAUCCUGACAGGCCAUGGAAGCUCCCAAAUGGUGGUAAAUUCGUUUCGAAAUACUUCUCUCAGAAGGUGCUAGGCCAGUACCAAAUGACAAGUGAGACCAUUAUGACAGAUGCGAUUGUUUACGGCCACGACUAUUCCCAAACGGGUUUUUGCGAUGGCACUACCCAAGGUCUGACCAUACCGCACAAAAAAUACAUCACCAUGUGCGACUCAUCGUUCAAGGAUAGCACCCUCGCCGACCUAUUGACCCAGCAAUCAACAUGGACAAGUGGGCAGAAGAUAGACGACCUUAACACGGCAGGGGCGGAUUUCCAGCACGAAAUGUUCCAUUACAUCAACAAAGGAAUUGUGGACAAGUUGACCCGCGGGGGCAACCGUGCAUAUGGGUGGGCCAAUUGCGCCUUACUUGCCGCGAAAAGCGACGAAGGCCUUAAGUCUGCCCAAUUGUAUAAUGCAGACAGCUACCGCUUAUUUGCUCUGGCAGCAUUCUUCGACCGCACCUGGUGGAAUGCGGAAGGGCAGAAAUCUUGA